AUGAUUUCAGUCUUCUUUGCAAGUGAGGUUGAGGCCUUCUUGUUAGAUCGUGUUAAACUCCGCGACGCUGUCACCCCUUCGACUACCAACGCUGAACCCAAAAUCCGCCAAAUCCGGUGGAAAGAUCUUCCCUAUAGCAUGAAACGUGUCUAUCUCCGCCGCAAGCUUCAGAUUCACGAUCACAGUCAAUGUGGAUGGUCGAGCCUGGUUCAUAGGAUACUUGACCUCCCUCAUCAGAGAACCCACACUCUUAUCAACCAGCUCAUCGAUGCGUACCUAUAUGGCGGAUUCAGCGGCUAUCGCAGACUGCUCGACCCUGACUUGCAGGGAUUCCGUCUCGGCCUUGAUCAGGUUAUUGUGAAAAAUCCUUCCCAGACCUUCAUUGGAAACAGGCUUAUGGCCCCCACAAUGGAGGCCAUCGUCGGGGCUGUGUACACCGACAGCAAUCAGCAGAUCCCAGUAUGUGCCGACGUUAUGACGGCGUUGGGCACUUCGUGGUCUGAAUGA